UGGCUAGGGAGGAGGGGGAGGGGGCAUUCGCUCCGCUGGGACUUCUCACUCCCCACCCUGUUCUUUUAGGUGUGGUUUGGUCCGGACGCGGGGUCCCGGCAGCUGGCUUGAGUUUCCUCUGUUGUGAAAGGGGAAAGUAGCUCCCGCGGAAAGCGCUUAAAGUUGCUGAGAGGGUGCGAGACGAGAGUUCUCCCCCAUGCCCGCCGAAUGGUGCGGCCCUGAGUUGGUCCCGGAGCCGGCGCGACGUAUCUGAGAGAGGGGGCGGGGAGGUGGCCCGCAGAACGCGGGUUCUGUGAAGAGACGUGGGGAAGAUUAGACUCCGAGAAGAGGAAGAAAACUGAAAGGGAGCAAGGCCGCUGAGGGGGAGGGGGCUGCCAAGAUGGCGUCGGCCUCCUCUGGGUCGUCGGCGGUUGGGUUUUCAUCCGCGGAUUCCGGGGUCCCUCCCUGCACCUCGUCCUCAGGUUUCAACUUUCUGUGCUGUGGGGUCAACCGUAAGAGAGCAUCUGGAAUCAAGAGACCCAUGGCAUCUGAGGUGCCUUAUGCCUCUGGCAUGUCCAUGAAGAAAAUAGGCCACCGAGGUGUUGAUUCCUCAGGAGAGACAACAUAUAAAAAGACAACCUCAUCAGCUUUAAAAGGUGCCAUCCAGUUAGGCAUUACUCACACUGUCGGGAGCCUGAGUACCAAACCAGAGCGGGAUGUCCUCAUGCAAGACUUCUAUGUGGUGGAGAGUAUCUUCUUCCCGAGUGAAGGGAGCAACCUGACUCCUGCUCAUCACUACAAUGACUUUCGGUUCAAGACCUAUGCACCUGUUGCCUUCCGCUACUUUCGGGAGUUAUUUGGUAUCCGCCCUGAUGAUUACUUGUACUCCCUCUGCAAUGAGCCGCUGAUUGAACUCUGCAACUCUGGGGCUAGUGGUUCCCUCUUCUACGUGUCCAGCGAUGAUGAAUUCAUCAUUAAAACAGUCCAGCACAAAGAGGCAGAGUUUCUGCAGAAGCUUCUUCCAGGAUACUACAUGAACCUCAACCAGAACCCUCGGACAUUGCUGCCUAAGUUCUAUGGACUGUACUGUGUGCAGGCAGGUGGUAAGAACAUUCGAAUUGUGGUGAUGAACAAUCUCUUACCACGGUCAGUCAAGAUGCAUAUCAAAUAUGACCUCAAGGGCUCAACCUACAAAAGACGGGCUUCCCAAAAAGAGCGAGAGAAGCCUCUCCCCACCCUUAAAGACCUGGACUUCUUACAAGACAUCCCUGAUGGUCUCUUUUUGGAUGCCGACAUGUACAAUGCUCUGUGCAAGACCCUGCAGCGCGACUGUUUGGUGCUGCAGAGCUUCAAGAUAAUGGACUAUAGCCUCCUGGUGUCAAUCCAUAACAUAGAUCAUGCACAACGAGAGCCUUUAGGCAAUGAAGCACAAUAUUCAACUGACACUCGCAGACCAGCCCCCCAAAAGGCUCUCUAUUCCACAGCCAUGGAAUCUAUCCAGGGCGAGGCUCGACGAGGUGGCACCAUGGAGACUGAUGACCAUAUGGGUGGCAUCCCGGCCCGGAAUAGUAAAGGGGAAAGGCUGCUGCUUUAUAUUGGGAUCAUUGACAUUCUGCAGUCUUACAGGUUUGUUAAGAAGUUAGAGCACUCUUGGAAAGCUCUGGUACAUGAUGGGGACACCGUAUCAGUGCAUCGCCCAAGCUUCUACGCUGAACGGUUCCAGCGCUUCAUGUGCACUACAGUGUUCAAGAAGAUCCUCUUGAAGCCCUCUCCUUCCAAAAAGUUUCGGUCUGGCUCAUCUUUCUCUCGGCGAGCAGGCCCCAGCGGCAACUCCUGCAUAACUUACCAGCCAUCGGUCUCUGGGGAGCACAAGGCACAAGUGACAACAAAGGCGGAAGUGGAGCCAGGCGUCCACUUCGGUCGUCCUGAUGUUUUACCUCAGACUCCACCUUUAGAGAAAAUCAGUGAGGUCUCGACUAUUCCUGACCCCUAUUUCUCACCUGUAGUUGGAGAGACUUUGCAAAUGCUAACUACAAGCUCAACCCUCUUGGAAAAGCAUGAAAUUCCAGAGUCAGAGUUCAUCCAUGUAAGUGUCUGGGAUGUGGAGGAGGUGGAUGCUUUGGAAGGGUAUAAAGAGCAUCACUGAUGGAGUGGAGCAACAAUGUAAUUGGCAGGGUUAGGGGGACUGGGUGACCCCAUAAAUCUUUUUAAAAUUUUUGUUUCUGAUACCGUGUACUUGGAAGCUGAGACUGAACUAGAAGGAAACUUGAAUUCCUUUCCUGCCUCCUAAUCUCAUACUGCACAUCCUUAACUUUAAACCCUUUCCCUUUUCAGUGAACAAAAAUCCUCAGAAGACCUGGAGCAAGAUUCUACCAUCUCUGUGAUCCCAAGAUGUCAGCCCUUGAUACAGCAAUGCUGAGUUUUCUUUUUCUUGGUCAUCAAAAAAAGUGUAAUGGAGGCUAAGGGAGCUCUCCGUCUCCUCCCUGAAGAACCUCUUCUACUUCCCCUUCCUCAUGAAUGGGCAUUAGUGCCUCGGACAGUUGAGGACAGCAGCAUCCUCUCUACUCCUGAGCUGGGUGGCACAAGUUUUCUACUAGCCAGCCUUGCUUCCACAACUGAAUUGUUUUCAAACCCCAUUCUUCCUGUUGGAAGUGGGGUUGCUGGACUUGGUGGUUUUCUUCCCCCUUAUCUACCUUUCACCAGGAGCUGGACUCUUAAUUUCCUCAGGACAGACUGGCUGGUACAUUAUCCCAAACUUAGCUGUUUUUCUGUGGAAGAAGACCCCUGUAAUCUUUGUAAAGGUUUUUUUGGAGGUAAGGGUGUUUAACCACCUCCCAGCCUUCUUCUUUUGGUUCCUUAAAAAAGGAAAAGAAAAAUAGCACACAAUUUCAAGCCAGACAGUUUCAGAUCAAAACUCCAUAAGUAUUGGAGAGAUGCAUAUUCAUACGGUUCCCUUAGAAGAGCCCUGGUGUUUGAGAAACAGAAGCUGCUCUGCCAGGAGCAGCUCCUCUUUAACUCCUCCUCUCUUAAUGAAUUUCUGAAAGCUGAAGGAAUGGAGAGAGUGGGACAUGGGGGAAGCCCUACCCCUUUUGUUAAACAGUGGGGCAGUCAUAGGGCUAAAAGGUUAGAACCCUUCCUAGGCAGGACCCUACUCACGGCCAGGCCAUAAUGAUUAUUACUGUUUUGCAAUUUGAAAUGUAUUCUGCUUGUUUUUCUAAAUAUGAAGACUUAUCAAAUGAAUUUUAGAUUCUUCUCCAAAGGAGAUUUCUUCCUUGCUCUUACCACCUUUUCCAACAGCAUUCUGCUGUUCGUGGAGCUGAGAUGGAGAAGGGGACACCUGUGUCUGUUUAACAGGUAGUUCAUAACUGUGAGGCUAGAGAAUAUUCUCUUAAACUCAUGGAGAGCCAGCAGAUUCUUGCCUUAGUGAGGUCAUUGCUGUGCCACAUGCCCUGCCGCCUCUCUUCAUGCAGAGAACGUGGAGACAGGGUCUGUGUAAUCCCUCUACUCCCCAUGUUUUCCAUCUGAUCCUCCUACCCCUGUCAGGGGAAGAAGAGGGCCUGGCAUCUCAGGCAGAUUGUUGAAUCCCCAUCCUGUCCCCUCUCCAUCCCACCCUGCCUUGAUAGUAGGUUAGCUCAUACCCCGAGUAACUGUCUAUAUUAGACACCCCCAGCCAGUUUCUGGCUGCCUGUCUUUGCUGCCAUGUUCUUUUUUACAAGAAGAAAAGAAACAAUUCUUGCUAUUUUUUUUCAUAAUUUACUAUUUAUGAUGUAUUUAAGUGUUUUAUUCAGGACAGAGUUCUGUAGGGGGUGGGAGGGAAUAUUUGAGGGAGGCUGGGUCUUGGGGAAGGGAAUGGGGAAUCAACAUUUUUAUGAAGUGUCACUAUUUGCCUCUACUUUGUAUUGUUCAGAAAUGGCAAAUACAAUAUAAAAG